CAGACUUUCUCUCCACUCCUUUGCCAAAUUUUGCUUCCCUAUCUCUCCUCUCUUUUCUCUAUCUCUCUCUAUAUAUAUACACACAUCCAUAUGUUCAUAGAAAGAAUGUAAAAUCACGCUUUACUCGUUUUCUCUGCAUCAUCAACAACUCCUCAAGUCAUUACGCACUAUUCAAAAACUAAAAAAGAAAGAAAGAAAGAUCGAAAAAGUGAAAUUUUCGAUUACGGUUUGAGUAGGAAACGAGUAAACACAACAAAAGGUUCACAAUGGAUUCAAGAAAGUUCGAAGAAGACGAAGAUCGAAGCAUUCGUUUACAGGUCUCGGAGCUUCAAAAAUUGGAGGAAGCUAUAGGCUCAACCGACACCGUUUUUGAUCUAAGAAGCAGUAUCGAGAAAGGCGACAGCGGCGAAACCGCAGACGCAGCUUCUAUUUCCUCCGCGACCGCGUUUCGUAGAAAAUCAACAGUCCCAGCUCCGGAGAAGAAGCUAACGCUAUUCGCUCUACAACUCGCGAUUCUUGAGAAAACCGCCACUGGAAUCGGAACCCUAGGGUUUAUCUGGGCCACGGUGGUUCUUCUCGGCGGCUUCGCAAUCACACUCGACGGUUCCGAUUUCUGGUUCAUCACCAUCAUUCUCCUAAUCGAAGGUGCUCGAAUCUUCAGCAGAAGUCACGAGCUCGAGUGGCAACACCAAGCCACGUGGACCGUCGCCGGCGUCGGAAUCAGUAGCUUUCGCGCUCUCCGAUCAAGCUCAGCCUCGCUUUUCAAAAAUCUAAAACGAAUCAGGUUCAAUUUUGCAUAAAUCGAUCAGCCUCGCUUCUAACAUUUGAGUAACGAUCGUUUAUGUUUCUCUGCAGUGAUUCAAUCUUCAAGCCACGAUCGAGAGAAGCGACGGCAAGAGACUGCGUCGUUCCAGAGACGACGUUAGAGACAUGGAAGAACUCAGACGUACCUCUUCUUCCAUACGCGAGAUGGUUCUUCAUUUCCAGUACAGUGAGUCGUCUUCUUUACUGGCUCCAGCUUCUCUCUGCCACGGCUUGUGUAGCUCUAUCUUCUUACAAGCUUAUUAGGCAUAACUAUGGAGAUGUUCACAAAGGAGAUACGGAUAAGAGGAAUAGACAGUCUGCUCUCAAUAUAUUCUACUCGCUCGCCUUUGCUGAGGCGUUGUUGUUUCUUGUGGAGAAAGUUUAUUGGGAAUGGCAAGUCAGUGUUUGUAAUUUGCUUGAGAAUGUGACUAGAGAAUGUGAGUUUGGGGUUAGUGGUUUGGUUUCGAUCAAGAGGUUUUUCUAUGAUUCGUAUUCCAAGUGUGUCAAUGGGAGUAUAUUUGAUGGUUUGAAGAUGGAUAUAGUGAGCUUUGGUAUGGAGCUUUUGAACUCGAACUCUUCUGAUGAACAGCUUAUUGGAGUGAGGAUUCUUAGGCAGUUUUCAGUGACUGAACGGUACUCGGAGGAUACACUUGAGAAGAUCGGAAUCAACUUUCCCGUUAUUGAAAGGUUGGUGGAGAUGUUGAACUGGAAAGAUCUGCAAGAGGAAGAGAUUAGGAGAUCAGCCGCUGAGAUACUAUCGAAACUAGCUGGCAAAAAGCAGAAUUCUUUGAGAGUCGCUGGGAUUUCUGGUGCAAUGGAAUCGAUUUCAUCGUUGUUAGAGAACACGAGAUCAUCAGGUGAAGCUCCUGAUGAGAUUGGAGAGAAAAAGGUGUUCCAUGACCAUAAUCUACACUACGAUUUCUGGAGAUUCAACAAUUUGGGCCUUCUAAUUCUGAAGAAAUUAGCCAAGGAUCAUGACAACUGUGGAAAACUCGGCAACACGAGAGGUCUUCUUCCGAAAAUAAUUGAUUUCACACACGCGGAUGAAAAUCUGUUGAGGGAUGAAAACGCAGACAUAGCGAGGUCACGGGUUCUGACACUGAAACGGUCGCUACAGCUGGUGAAAAUGUUAGCCAGCACAACAGGGAACACAGGGAAGUGCCUCCGGAGAGAGAUCUCUGAGAUUGUAUUCACAGUUAGCAAUGUGAGGGAUGUACUGAAACACGGGGCGAGAUACCCAAAGCUGCAGAAGCUCGGGAUUGGGAUAUUGACCAACCUUGCACUUGAGGCCGAAGCUCGGGAGAGAAUUGGCGGAACUGGUGGUGUUCUGAAAGAGUUGUUCAACAUUUUCUUUAAACGGGAAACACGCGGAGAUGAAGGGAAUGAGGGAUGUGUGAGGAUCGCUGCAGGAGAAGCAAUAGCGAUGCUUGUGUUGGAGAGCAAGAGCAACUGCCUCCAUGUUCUUAGGCUUGGGGUUAUGGGAAGACUUGUGGAAGCACUUGAAGUUCCUUCGAUCCGUGUGAACGCUGCGAGAGUGUUGAGAAACAUGUGCUUAUACUCCGGGGAUGAAUGCUUUCAUGACCUGAAGUUCGUUAAAGCAGCAGCACCAACGGUCUUGAAAUCAAUAACAUCAGAAGACAACAAAUUACAGGAAGUGAUGGUGGGAUUAGCAGCACAAGUGUUUAGAUUCAUGAGCUCAAAAGAAUCAAGCUAUGUUUUCAUGUAUUCAGGCAUCAAGAGACAAGAACUGGCAAACUCGUUGGUCUCAAUUCUGAAAAAGAACGACAAGCCCGCGAUUAAGGUUCCAAGAAUCAGGAGGUUUGUAAUUGAGCUUGCGAUUUGGAUGAUGGAAGAUGAUGAGUUGGAGGAUAAUGUAGCAUUGUUUAGAGAGAUGGGUCUAGAGAAAGAGCUUGAGAAGGUUCUAGAAACUACGGCUGAGCUUGAGAACUUUGAUGUUUUCUCCGGUACUGUUGGACUAAGCCGUCAUAGCAGAACUGUCCAUUCACUAGCAGAGCUAGCCUUGGAAAUUCUUAGAGGAUAAAUGAAGAAUACACAUCAUCCUGCAAAAUAUCUUCAAAGCUCUGCAUUAGAGCUGCAAAUAUGACUCAUUGUUUUGUAAGAAGAAUGAAUAAACAAUGUACAAAUGUGAUGGUUAUGGAAUAUAUUCUUUAAUUUAUUUGAUUAAAUUCUGCAAGAAAGGUCUAAACGAAAAUUGAAG